AUGGUGAUAGCGGCCACGUUUAAUCUCCUGGGACCAGAUGACGACUUGCCCGGCACGGCAAGGUCCAUCCAGAAGUACGUGAAGAGCCACUACAAGGUGGGCCAGCACGCCGACGUGCAGAUCAAGCUCUCCAUCCGCCGACUGCUCGCCGCCGGAGUCCUCAAGCAGACCAAAGGGGUCGGCGCCUCCGGCUCCUUCCGCCUGGCCAAGACCGACAAGGCGAAGAAGUCCCCAGCCAGGAAGAAGAAGAAGGUGGCCAGGAAAUCCACGUCGCCCCGGAAAGCGGCAAGGCCAGGGAAAGCCAAGUCACCGGCGAAGAAGCCCAAAUCUGCCACCAGGAAAGCCAGGAAGAAGUCGAGGGCCAGCCCGAAGAAAGCCAAGAAGCCAAAGACUGUUAAGGCCAAGUCGCUGAAGGCGUCCAAGCCUAAGAAGACAAAGCGGUCGAAACCCAAAGCCAAGUCCAGCGCCCGGAAAUCACCCAAGAAGAAGUGA